UGUGCAAUGCAAUGCAGUCCUCCCAGCUGAGCUGAGCUAACCACAGGGGGUGGAGGGGGGAUUGUCAGUACUGGGGAGCCCUGGAAAGCAGGGAGGUGGUAAGAAAACGGAGGGGGAGGAGAAGGAAGCGCUGGAAAAACCACACCGAGGAGGAGAGCAAAGGUGACAGCGGAAGAACGAUGGGGUCGGCGUGGCCCACCUGCGCCUCUACCUUCUGCUUGUCCUUAGUGUCAGUCCUCAGCCUCAUCCUCCUAGUCAGCUGUAGCAGCUCUGCCCUGGGCACCCGGCAUGGAGAAGGUCUAUCAAGAAGAUCACAUCAGGUGAAAAUGGACCAAGCUGUUCUUCUGAUUCAUAAUCAGUUACAUGAGAAAUUUAUCAUUUAUUGGCGUUCUGACCAUUGCUACCAGUGCCUCUUUCAAACGUUAUCUGCUGCAAAUCCAGCAAAAAGGAAAGACACUGAUAUGGUAUUAGUAGAUACACAAUAUGCCAUCACUCUGCAACUUAACGAUACCUCAGGAAACACAGAGCUCUGUCAGGUACACUACAGGUUUAGAGAAUUUGGGAAUUAUUCUUUGUGGGUAACCUCCAACUCUUCCAAUACCAAAGAUGUAACAUGUGACAUAAUAAUCAAUUAUAACCCUGGAUACACCAACCUCCCUGUUGUUAUUGCAUUUUGUAUCUACGUGGUCAUUUUUAUUGUCCUGACCUUGGGAUCAUUUUUGAUAAGGCGAAGCCCUAUCCAGAAUUGGUUAUGCAAGCAGAUCAAUCCUACUGAAACAGACCGACUCAUUAAUUCUGAGCUGGGAUCUCCAAGCAGGGCUGAUCUUUGUAACCAAGAUGCCCAUCUGGCUACAUGGAACACUGCACCUCAGCGGCUGCGAUCAUUGGACACCUUCAGAGGGCUCGCUCUUAUUAUAAUGGUAUUUGUGAAUUAUGGCGGAGGAGGGUAUUGGUUCUUCAAACACCAGAGUUGGAAUGGGUUGACACUAGCAGACCUGGUCUUUCCAUGGUUUGUGUUUAUCAUGGGCACAUCCAUCCAUUUGUCCUUGAAUUCAAUGCUGCGAAAAGGGAACUCUAGAUGGAAGCUGUUUUGGAAAGUUCUAUGGAGAAGUAUUCAGCUUUUCCUCAUUGGAUUAUUUGUGAUAAAUGAGAAUUACUGCCGUGGUCCAUUGUCAUGGAGUGACAUUCGGAUUAUGGGUGUUCUUCAGCGCCUUAGCUUGACCUACUUAGUGGUUUCUGCUUUGGAGUUGCUGUUUACUAAACAUCUACCUGAUGCUCUUCCUCCGAAUCGGACGUGUUUUCUAUUGCAAGAUGUGGUCAUAUUCUGGCCGCAGUGGCUUAUAAUUUUGGCUUUGGAAGCUGCUUGGCUUUGCUUGACUCUCUUGCUACCUGUUCCUGGAUGCCCCACGGGCUAUUUGGGACCUGGAGGUAUUGGAGAGUUUGGCAAAUAUCCAAACUGUACAGGAGGGGCAGCUGGUUACAUUGAUCGAUUCGUUUUUGGUGAAGAUCACAUUUAUCAACAUCCAUCAUCCAAUGUAAUUUAUAAAACAACAGUGCCUUAUGAUCCAGAAGGAAUACUAGGAACCCUUAAUUCCAUUGUGAUUGCAUUUUUGGGGCUUCAGGCUGGCAAAGUGCUUGUGUUCUACAAGAAUCAGCAUAAGCAGAUCAUAGUGAGUUUUUUCACAUGGAGUGUUGUCAUGGGUGUUAUUUCUGCAAUUUUGACAAAAUGUUCUACAAAUGAAGGUUUUAUUCCAGUAAACAAAAAUCUGUGGUCCAUCUCUUAUGUGACAACCCUCAGCUGCUUUGCUUUCUUCCUGUUACUGAUCAUAUAUUUCUUGGUGGAUGUUAAAGGUUACUGGACAGGUGCCCCAUUUUUUUAUCCAGGAAUGAACUCCAUUCUCGUUUAUGUUGGCCAUGAAGUAUUUGAAAAUUAUUUCCCAUUCAAGUGGAAGAUGAAGGACAGUCAGUCUCACGCUGAGCACCUCACCCAGAACCUUGUUGCCACUUCCAUAUGGGUGCUGAUUGCCUAUAUCCUGUACAGAAAGCGGAUAUUCUGGAAGAUUUGAGCUCAUAGUAGUUUUAGCCUAACAAUAUGGUAACAACUACAGGAAGUGCAAUUUGAGAGCUGUGCUAUUUCUUUGGAACAUCUUAGACUAUAUAUUCUGGACCAUAAGUUUGCUGUCUAACUGCGUCUCACCUAUUUUAACAGAUUGUUUU